AUGCAUGAGGAACGAUCGGAGAUCGCUUCUCGCCCUGCAAAGCGAUCACCAUGCCGACAAGAAAAUCUCAUGUACACAGAGUGCCGUUAUAAUGAAAUUCAACGGCUUGGAAAUAUAGUUCCGUUGAAUUUACUUCACGAAACGGUUCGCCCAGUGCAGGUCUUGAAUUUCGAGCUGCCGGAAAAAACAGGGAUAGUUGCACAAAUCAGUUAUGUGUUUCCCGACUCACGUGCUUUCAACCCGUCAAGGUUCAUUGAUGAGAAUGGUAAACUGAAGAAGGUAGACGAGUUCAUACCAUUUUCCAUCGGGAAGCGUCAGUGCCUGGGAGAAGGUCUGGCAAAGAUGGAGCUUUUCCUUUUCAUCGCUAAUCUUUUCAACAGAUUUGAGCUCUCCUGUGUGAAUCCUGACAAGCCACCGUCAAUGAAGAAGUCUUUCGGCACCACCAUACAAACGCUACCGUACCACUGCCUCGCUCGGCCAAGAUUUUAG